CGCUGCCUUGCCGGUGCCGUUCGUCACUGGCAGGCGUAAUCCGGUCACUGCGCCCCCUCUCGCCUGCCCGCCCGCUUGAUUAUCAAACAAACCUUCCCCCUCAGUACUUAAACCUCUCCCACCUCUUUCUAACUUCAUCCUCUUCUCUUCCCAAAACAUCUCUCACCCAAGACUUCACUUUCGCUCAAGACCAGCGAUAAUAAAGACCUUCUUUCAUCCGAUUACCAUCUAUCCACAUCACUUCCGCGACAGAUCACCGCCAUCAUGCAGAUCUUCGUCAAGACCUUGACCGGCAAGACCAUCACCCUCGAGGUUGAGUCUUCCGACACUAUCGACAAUGUCAAGUCCAAGAUUCAGGACAAGGAGGGCAUUCCCCCCGACCAGCAACGCUUGAUUUUCGCCGGCAAGCAGCUUGAGGACGGCCGCACUCUCUCUGAUUACAACAUUCAGAAGGAGUCCACUCUUCACCUUGUUCUCCGCCUCCGUGGUGGUAUGCAAAUCUUCGUCAAGACCCUCACUGGCAAGACCAUCACUCUUGAGGUCGAGUCGUCCGAUACCAUCGACAAUGUUAAGUCAAAGAUUCAGGACAAGGAGGGCAUCCCUCCUGACCAGCAGCGCCUGAUCUUUGCUGGAAAGCAACUCGAAGACGGCCGAACCCUUGCCGACUACAACAUUCAGAAGGAAUCUACCCUUCAUCUCGUCCUCCGCCUCCGUGGUGGUAUGCAAAUCUUCGUCAAGACCCUCACUGGAAAGACCAUUACUCUGGAAGUCGAGUCAUCCGAUACCAUUGAUAAUGUGAAGAGCAAGAUCCAGGACAAGGAGGGUAUUCCUCCCGAUCAACAGCGACUCAUCUUCGCUGGCAAGCAACUUGAAGAUGGCCGAACUCUUUCCGACUACAACAUUCAGAAGGAAUCUACUCUCCACUUGGUUCUCCGUCUUCGUGGUGGUAUGCAGAUUUUUGUGAAGACUCUCACCGGAAAGACCAUCACCCUUGAGGUCGAGUCCAGUGACACUAUCGACAACGUGAAGAGCAAGAUUCAGGACAAGGAGGGUAUUCCCCCUGAUCAACAGCGUCUUAUCUUCGCUGGUAAGCAGUUGGAAGAUGGUCGCACCUUGAGCGACUACAACAUCCAGAAGGAGUCAACUCUUCACCUCGUUCUCCGACUUCGCGGUGGCCAGUAAGCGAUUCCAACGAACGGUGAUGGAUUUUAUGACGGCGUUAGGGACUGGCAUUGAAUUCGAGAUCAGGCAACUUCUAGGCCUGUCAUGAUUAUUAUGUAGUUUUUGCCCUUGUGAAUAUUCUGCAAGGUGCUAAUAGACUCUAUUGAAGUCUACUUGACUAUUUGUCAUCUCUUCUGA